AUGGUCGUUCCUCGUUUUCUCCGCCACAAGCCGAAGGACUUUGGACUUAGUCACGAGCGUGCAGACCCUGCCCAAUGCGGCGCGCGCAUACAGAGCACGCAGAGAGAGGGAUCAGGGGGAGGAGCUCAGUGGGAAGUUCACGAUACAGUCGCGCAUCUGCAUCUGUUGUGA